CGCAUCUUAUGUAAGUUGUGAACGCCUUGUCACCACCCCCGUCUCUUCAUAAUGGUACAGUCGGCCGUUCUGUCAACUUGAAAUCGCACAUUUCAAGGGCAGUUUCUGACCAGCGUGUCUGCUCUGUCCUGGCUAAACACUGACAACUGUUAGAAACAUGCUGUGCAGAGUUGGUCAAAUACGCAGGUGUGCAGCAAGCAUCAGCCAAACCAUUAAUCAGAUAUCGGCGUCAAGGCAGAAGCACACCCUCCCUGACCUGACGUACGACUAUGGCGCCCUGGAGCCCCACAUCAGUGCAGAGAUAAUGCAGCUGCACCACAGCAAGCACCACGCCACAUAUGUCAACAACCUCAACGUUACAGAGGAGAAGUAUCAGGAGGCACUUGCAAAAGGAGAUGUGACUGCACAGGUUGCCCUCCAGCCGGCUCUGAAGUUUAACGGUGGAGGCCACAUUAACCACACUAUCUUCUGGACAAACCUUUCUCCAAAUAGUGGAGGCGAACCACAAGGGGAGCUCAUGGAGGCCAUUCAGCGGGACUUUGGCUCCUUUCAGAAGAUGAAGGAGAAGAUGUCUGCUGCUACCGUGGCAGUUCAGGGCUCAGGCUGGGGUUGGCUGGGUUAUGACAAAGAGAGUGGUAGACUUCGCAUUGCUGCCUGUGCUAAUCAGGAUCCCCUACACGGUACAACAGGUCUCAUCCCCCUUCUCGGUAUUGACGUAUGGGAACAUGCUUACUAUCUUCAGUACAAAAAUGUGCGUCCUGACUAUGUGAAGGCUAUCUGGAAUGUAAUCAACUGGGAGAACGUGAGCGAGCGUCUUCAGACUGCUAAGAAGUAGAACCUGAUCAUCAUGUAUACUCUACUGCACCUUUCUCAUGACCUGGAUCCAACAGUGGUUGCAAAUAAUUUUUGUUUAAAGAUUUAAAGCUCAAACUUUGAAAUGGUCAGUGUCAUUUUUUUUUUUUUUUUUUUUUUUUUUUUUUUUUUUUAACAAACAAGAUACAUCUUGCUGUGAUACAAAUAAUUUUGCUUGUGAAGGGCAGAACUACACUGGUUGACACUAUGGAAGUUAUUUGCAAAUGCUUUUUUUAUCUCAGGUCUGCUCCCAACCACCUGACUUCUGUCGAAGCGCACAAAAAAAAUGUCCACCUUUGAAAUACAGCUGGCUUUUGUUAUCCACACACAGUUAAUGCCUGCAGUAGUUGGAAAGUAUAUUGAGUAAGCUGUCUGAUUUCCAUUACAACAGGAUCAGAUAUUGUCGUUACAGUACAUGUUUUUGAUGUAAUGUAAUAAAGUUAUAAGAUUUCAGUUGUUUUAGCUUGAUUCUUUAUUCUUCUGCUCCUUUUUAGCAACAGAUGUUCCGAGUUGUCUUUUGUAGCAGCUCCCAGAAAGAUGUGGUACAAAAAUAGAAAAAAUAAUUAGAACUGAAAAUAAAAUUAAAGUAAAAUCUUCUGUUUUCUUUCUUUUUGAUAAAAGGUCUUGGAUAGGAUAAGACAUGGAUCAGUCAUGCACUCAUGGCACCUUCUUAAUAUCUUGCCAGAGUCUCUUGCAUGAACUAAACCUGGGAGAAUGAUGAAGACAUCAGCGUUGAAUUCUGGGAUGUAGUGGGGCUGAACGAUGUUUGCAGCUGAUUGAUGGCAUCUUAUGGGAUGAACAUAAGGAAUUUUACCCAUCCCAGGAAGGUUUAAUUAUACUUUGACAUGACAACUUUACAGACCGGGUAAACGCCUUUGUCACGUCAGUAUAGAUUGUCUUUUUUUUUUUUUUUUCUGGCAGGGGAUUUUCUUUGUUUUGUUAGUUAAAGCUUAUUGUCAGUGUCAUGACCAAAUGUUUCCCUCCACAACAUUACAUCAUCCCAAGAUGAUCAGUCCAGCUGCAAGAUGAGCUUGACUGAAAGUUUUUUCUUUUACAUUUUCUUUUAAAAACCCAUACAUCUCCACAAACCUCAUGAAUCCUCAUGAUUUUUAACCUUAUCUUGUAAAGAUACCACCUGGCGUCCAUUU